GCUAAUUUUUAUUUUUAGUAGAGACGGGAUUUUGCCAUGUUGGCCAGGCUGGUCUCCAGCUCCUGACCUCUGGUGAUCCACCCUCCUCGGCCUCCCAUAGUGCUGCGAUUACAGGCUUAAGCCACGGUCCCGGGCCUAUCACUCUACAUCCAGCCCAGCAUCUGAUCACAUCUUCCGUCACUCGGGGCCUGAGGAGGCGGGGAUUUAAGCCCUUUAAUCAGGAACACUGGGUUGGAAUCGUCCAAUCAGGCACGCAGCUGGAGCGGAAGGGGCGGCUUUCAGGACGUGGGGCGGGACCGUUGUUUCUCGUUGCCGCUCGAGUUCUAGGUCUCGUCUUCACUUCUCUGUGACCUCAGCCUCUGUGGCCCUGUGACCUGCAGGUAUUGGGAGACGCACACCUAAGACGCUAGGACCCCCUGGAAGCCUAGAAAUGGGACAGUUGACAUUUAAUGAUGUGAUCAUCGAAUUCUCUCUGGAGGAGUGGCAAUGCCUGGACAAGACUCAGCAGAAUUUUUAUAGGGAUGUUAUGUUAGAGAACUACAGAAACCUGGUCUUUGUGGGUAUUGCUGUCUCUAAGCCAGACUUGAUAACUUGUCUGAAGGAAGGAAAAGAGCCUUGGAGUAUGAGGAGACAUGAGAUGGUAACUAAACCCCCAGCUAUGUGUUCUCAUUUUACACAAGAUGUUUUGCCAGAGCAGAGCAUUAAAGAUUCUUUCCAGGAAGUAAUACUGAGAACAUAUGCAAGAUGUGGACAUAAGAAUUUACAAUUAAGAAGAGACUGGAAAAGUGUGAAUGAGGGUGAGAUGCCCAAAGGAGAUAAUAAUAAACUUAACCAAUGUUCACCAACUACCCAGAGAAAAAUAUUUCAGUGUAAUAAACAUAUGAAAGUUUUUUAUAACUAUUCAAAUUCAAGUAGAAAUAAGAUUAGACACACUAAAAAGAAAACUUUCAAAUGUAUAGAAUGUGGCAAAUUAUUUUUCAUGCUUUCACACUUAAUUCAACAUAAAAGAAUUCAUACUAGAGAGAAUUUCUACAAAUGUGAAGAAUGUGGCAAAGCCUUCAAAUGGUUCUCAAUCUUUACUAAACAUAAGAUAAUUCAUACUGAAGGUAAACCCUACAAAUGUGAAGAAUGUGGCAAAGCUUUUAAGUGGUCCUCAAAACUUACUGCACAUAAGGUAAUUCACACCAGAGAGAAGCCCUACAAAUGUGAAGAAUGUGGCAAAGCUUUUAGCCAGUCCUCAACCCUUAGAAAACAUGAAAUAAUUUAUACUGGAGAGAAACCCUACAAAUGUAAAGAAUGUGGCAAAGCUUUUAGCCAGUCCUCAAAUCUUACUGAGCAUAAGAGAAUUCAUACUGGAAAGGAACCCUACAAAUGUGAAGAAUGUGGGAAAGCUUUUAAGUGGUCCUCCAAACUUACUGCACAUAAGGUAAUACAUACCGGAGAGAAACCCUACAAAUGUGAAGAAUGUGGUAAAGCUUUUAAUCGUUUCUCAGGCGUUACAAAACAUAAGAUAAUUCAUACUGGAGAGAAACCCUACAAAUGUGAAGAAUGUGGCAAAGCUUUUAACAAUCUCUCAACCCUUACAAAACAUAAGAGAAUUCAUACUGGGGAGAAACCCUACAAAUGUAAAGAAUGUGACAAAGCUUUUAAGCAGUCCUCACACCUUACUAGACAUAAAAGAAUUCAUACUGGAGAGAAACCCUACAAAUGUGAAGAAUGUGGCAAAGCUUUUAGCCUGUCCUCAACCCUUAGAAAACAUGAGAAAAUUCAUACUAGAGAGAAACCCUACAAAUGUGAAAAAUGUGGCAAAGCUUUCAACCAGUCCUCAAACCUUACUACACAUAAAAGAAUUCAUACUGGAGAGAAACCUUACAAAUGUGAAGAAUGUGGCAAAGCUUUUAAGUGGUCCUCAAAAUUUACUGCACAUAAGGUAAUUCAUACCGGAGAGAGGCCCUACAAAUGUGAAGAAUGUGGCAAAGCUUUUAAUCAUUUCUCAGGUGUUAGAAAACAUAAGAUAAUUCAUACUGGAAAGAAACCCUACAAAUGUGAAGAAUGUGGCAAAGCUUUUAACCAGUUCCCAACCCUUAGAAGACAUAAGAUAAUUCAUACUGGAGAGAAACCCUACAAAUGCAAAGAAUGUGGCAAAGCUUUUAACAAUCUCUCAACCUUUAUGAAACAUAAGAGAAUUCAUACUGGAGAGAAACCUUACAAAUGUGAAGAAUGUGGUAAAGCUUUUAGCCAGUCCUCAACCCUUAGACAACAUGAGAUAAUUCAUACUGGAGAGAAACCCUAUGAAUGCAAAGAAUGCGGCAAGGCUUAUAAGCAAAUUUCACACCUUACUAGACAUAAAGCAAUUCAUACUGGAGAGAAACCCUACAAAUGUGAAGAAUGUGGCAAAGCUUUUAUUCAGUCCUCACACCUUACUACACAUAAAACAAUUCAUACUGGAGAGAAACCCUACAAAUGUGAAGAAUGUGGCAAAACUUUUAAACAAUCCUCACACCUUACUAGACAUAAAACAAUUCAUACUGGAGCGAAUCUCUAGAAUCACUACAAAUGUGAAGAAUGUGGCAAAGCUUUUAACCAUCCUUCAGCUCUUACUAAACAGAUAAUUCAUACUGCAGAGAACACCUAAAAAUUUGAAAAUGUAGCAAAGCUUUCAACCAUUUUACAAACCUUUAUACAUAGAAGAUAAUUUAUACGAGACAGACCCUACAUAUGUGAUGAAUGUGGCAAAACUUAACCAGUCCUCAAACCUUACUAGAAAGAAAACAAUCCAUACUGGAGAGAAACCCUACAAAUGUAAAGAAUGUGGCAAAGCUUUUAACCACUUCUCAAAUCUUACUAAACAUAAGAUAAUUCAUACUGGAGAGAAACCCUACAAACAUGAAGAAUGUGGCAAAGUCUUUAUCCAGUCCUUACACCUUAAUACACAUAAAAUAAUUGGUACUGGAGAAGAACCCUGCAAAUGUAAUAAAUGUGUAAAGUUUCCAACCAUUGCCAUUGCUCAGCUCUUACUCAAAAUGAGAGAAUUCUCAAAAAGGAUAAACUCCAGAAAUGUGAAUAAUAUGGCAAAACUUUUAACCAGUUCUUAUAUCUUACUGCACAUAAGAUUAUUCAUACUAAAGAGAAACCCUACAAAUGUGAAGAAUGUGGCUGAACUUUUAAUCACUGUUCAAAUUUUACUAAACAUAAAAUAAUUCAUACUAGAGACAAACACUACAAAUGUGAAGAAUGGGCAAAGCUUUUAACCAGUCCUCAAACCUUACUCAAUAUAAGAUAAUUUAUACUGUAGAGAAAUGCUACAAAUGCAAAGAAUUUGGCAGAACUUUUAAGUGCUUCUCAAAAUUUACUGAACCUAAGAUAAUUCAUACUGGAGAGAGACUUUACAAAUAUGAGAAAUGUGGCAAAGCUUCUAACGGGUUCUUAAAUCUUACUGAAUGUAAGAUAUAUUAGAGACAAAUUCUACAAAUGUGAAGAAUGUGGCAAAGCUUUUAACUGGUUUUCAAACCUUAUUGAACAUAACAUUAUUCAUACUGGAGAGAAGCCCAACAAAUAUAAAAAUACAGCAAAGCUUUUAACUGGUUUUCAGAUCUUACUCAACGUAAGAUAGUUUAUAUUGAAGACAAACUUUAGAAAUGUGAAAAAUAUGGCAGUGCUUUCAACCAAUUCUCAAACCUUACUAGACAUAAGAAAACUCAUAUUGGAGGCUGGGCACGGUGGCUCACACCUGUAAUCCCAGCACUUUGGGAGGCUGAGGUGGGUAGAUCCCGAGGUCAAGAGAUUGAGACCAUCCUGGUCACCAAGAUAAAACCACAUCUCUACUAAAAAUACAAAAAUUAGCUGGGCAUGGUGGUGCUUGCCUGCAGUCCCAGCUACUCGGGAGGCUGAGGCAGGAGAAUUGCUUGAACCCAGGAGGCAGAGUUUGUAAUGAGCCAAGAUCACACCAUUGCACUCUAGUCUGGGUAACAACAGUGAAACUCUGUCUCAAAAAAAAAAAAAAAAAUUCAUAUUGGAGAAAAACCUUACAAAUAUGAAGACAGUUGCAAAACUUUGAGCCAGUCCUCAACUCUUACUAAACAAGAUAAUUCAAUGGUAGAGAAACCCUAGAAAUGUGAAUAAUGUCAUAACCACUCUUCAGUUCUUAUAAACAGUUUAUACUGGAGAGAAACCUUGCAAACAUGAAGAAUGUUGCAAAGGUUUUAACUGGUUCUUAAACCUUACUGAACAUUAGGUAAUUCAUAAUGGAAACUAGCCCUACAAAUGUAAAGAAUGUGGCAAAGCCUGUAACCAUUUCUCACAUCUUAUCGCACAUAAGAUAAUUCAUAUCCUACAAAUGUGAAGAAUGUAACAAAGUCUUUAACUGGUCUUCGACUCUUACUAAACAUAAGAAAAUUGAUACAGAAGAUAAAUCUUACAAAUAUGAACGAUGUCACAAAGGUUUGAAAACUGUUGCUCACCCAUAAUUCCAGAACUUUGGGAGGCCAAGGAGGGCAGAUUAUAAGGUCAAGAGAUCAAGACCAUCCUGGCCAACAUGGUGAUACCCCAUCUCUACUAAAAAUAAUAAAAAAAAUAGCUGGGCAUGUUCACGCAUGCCUGUAGUGCCAGCUACUCGGGAGGCUGAGGCAGGAGAAUCACUUGAACUAGGGAGGCGGAGGUUGCAGUGAGCCAAGAUCUACCUACCUCUGCAUCCCAAAGUGCUGGGAUUACAGGCAUGAGCCACCAUGCUCAGUAUUGUUAAUGUGCUAAAAAUUUGGUUUUAAGUGGAGAAUUUUCUUACUAAUAUAACUUCCUGAUUCGUUAAUUAAAAUAUGAGGCAUACACUGUCCACAUGUGAAAGAAUUAAAUCAGUUUGCAUUUUGUUGUUGUUGUUUGUUUGUAAAAGAAGAGUCUUACUGGAUUCCUACACGAAGUGUGGCAAGUAUAAAAGUUGGUACAAAAUAUAUCUUAGAAAUAAAACUUUUCAGGCGAGGCAUGGUGGCUCACGCCUAUGAUCCCAGCACCUUGGGAGGCCGAGGUGGGUGGAUGAUGAGGUCAAGAGAUAGAGACCAUCUUGGUCAACAAGAUGAAACACCGUCUCUACUAAAAAUACAAUAAUUAGCUGGGCAUGGUGGCGCAUGCCUGUAGUCCCAGCUACUUAGGAGGCUGAGGCAGGAGAAUUGCUUGAAUCCGUAAGGUGGAGGUUGCGGUGAGCCGAGAUCACGCCAUUGCACUCCAGCCUGGGUAACAAGUGCAAAACUUCGUCUCAAAAAAAAAAAAAAUUAAAUUUAUCAGAGUUAAUGUAAGUAAAGAAUUCUAAAUUAAUUUUCUAUGAUACAGUACAACUUAUAUUUUAAUACAGACUUCUAUUUUUAAGUGUAAAUGUUAAGUGUUGCAAAGUAAUAGAAUAUACUCUUUGGAUUAAAGUUUUUAAAUUUAUUUUUUAUAUUACAAUUUGGAGAAAUUUUUCACUCAAUUUGUGUAGUGAGUGAAGUUGUCUACAGUUUUUUUGUUUUUGUUUUUGUUUUUUUUUUUUUAGUCACCUCACUGUAGGCAAUUCUUUGGUCACUUUCUCUGGAAAAAUUUUGGGGAAGAAAUUAUAACAGCUUUUGUAUUAAAACAUUUCCUGUUACUUUGCAUGCAAACUUGCUUACCGUGUUCAAACAGUGGCCAGUCUUGAGAUCAUAAGCAACACCUGCCCUGUUAAUGUCUUUCCUACCACUGCAGUCAGCACCAGAAACUCCUGCUGGCUCAAGCUUAAAAUAAAAGCUCUAAUGUACAUUGGCUCCUCCCAUGCAUAGUACUGAGUUCAGAACAUGAUGUUAAAUGUCAGAGCUCCUAUGGUUAUGACUAAAAAAUUAAAUGACAAAAACAGCACAGAAUUAUUUUUGAUACUAUUUAGCCAAGUUAAUGACAAAGACAUGAGAGUAUUUGGAAAAAUCAGUAUCCUUCUAUAAUGUUUUAAAUAUAUAUUUUAAACUUGGCAGAUAAAACAUAUUCUGUAAAACAUGAUGUUUUAAAGUAUAUAUAUGCAUUGUCAAAUGCUUAAUUUUAGGUAAUUAAUGCUUUACCUCACAUAGUUAACAUUUUUGUGGUGACAGCACAUCAUAUUGUCCCAGCAUUUUUCAAAAAUACGUUACUAUUAACUAUAGACAACAUGCUGUACAAUAAAUCUUUUGCCUGUAUUACUUCUAUCCAACUCUAAUUAUGUAUUUUUUGACAGACAUCUUUCUGGAGCCACCUUCUAAAUACCUUGGCAUCUAGUGGUCUUAAUUUUACUCUCUACUUCAGUGAGUUUAAAUUUUAUAUAAUUCAUGUGUAGGUAACAAUCAUAAAAUUUUAAUUUUACUGUGCCUGGCUUAUUUAAUAUAAUGUCUACCAGGUUAAUCCAUGUGAUUGAACAUAAUAGAAUUUUCUUUCUAAAAGAUAAAUAGUAUCUCAUCAGGUAUAUAUACAUUUUAUUUACUCAUUAGAUGCUGAUUUCAUAUAUUUGCUAUUGUGAAGAGUAUUGCAAACAACAUAGAAGUACUAAUUUUUUAAUCUAAUUUGUGUGUGUAUAUAUGUAUAUAUCCAAUAGUGAAAUUGCUGUGUUAUAUAGUAGUUUGAUUUUAGAUUUAUUGAGACAUUUGUUUCCAUUUUUAUAAUGGCUGUCUUCAUUUACCCUCAAACCAGGAGUAUGCAGGCAUUCCCUUCACAUUUUUACCAACACUUUUUUUUUUUUAAUAAGAGUCAUUCCAAUAUGAGUGAUUUUAUGUCUCAUAUAUUUUUGGCUUGCCUUUUUCUGAUAAUAAGUGACACUGAGCAUUUAAAAAUACCUAUGGUCAUGUAUAUGUCUUUUUGUGAAAAAAUAUUCAAGUUUUUUCUCAUUUUUAGUAGUUAUUUGUUUUUUAUUAUAUAGUCAGUUUCUUACAUAAUCUUGAUAUUCACCCCUUGUCACGUGUAUGAUUUGCAAAAUAUUCUCCAAUUUAUUAGUUUUCUUGAUUGUAUCAGAUUCUGUACAGCAACUUUUUAAUUUGAAGUAAUCUGACUUGUCUAUUUUUUCUUUAGUUUCCUGAGAUUUUGAGGUUAAAUUAAAAAAAUUUACUGCCUAAACCAAUCUGAUAGGGCCUUCAGUCUAUAUUUUUUGUAGUAGUUUCAGAGUUUCAGGCCUUACAUGUUAAGUAUUUAACAUAUGAAUGAUCCAAGAUGGCUGAUUGCUAACAUCUUGGGAUUGCAGCUCCCAGUGAAAGCGCAGAGAAUGAGAGGACGCCACCUUUCAGACAAAUUUUGGUCACUCAGGGAGCAGAAGAUUCCCAGUGGAGGAGUCACACGGGUCGCCAGUGUGACUCUUGUGGCCGGCGCAGUGGUUUUGCCAGCACCUCAGCGCGGCAGCUCUUGGUGCAGAGUAAACGGGACUGGUUCCCCUUCUGACCUAUGUUCAGAGGAGCUGCACGGGUCGCCAGUGUGACUCUUGUGGCUGGUGCAGCGGUUUUGCUGGCACCUUGGCACAGCAGCUUCUGGUGCAGAGUAAACGGGACUGGUUCCUUUUCUGACCGAGGUUUGGAGCUCUGGGAAGGCAGAGUUGCCUAUUGCGGACUCAACAAGGAAGUCAGACUGGAGAUUCCUGGGCAGAAAAGCACCAUCAGUCUUAACGCCGUUGUUUUUGCCAGCUCAGAGGGUUGCUCAUAUUUCAGCCAUGGGAAUUAACAACUUGGACGUCCACUCAGAGACCUAAUUUGAAAGUUGGUAAUUACAAAGACGACAGGUGGAUAAAUGUACAAUUAUGGGAAGAAACCAGCGUAAAAAGGCUGAGAAUACUGAAAAUCAGAAUGCCUCUCCCUCUACAGAGGAUCACAGUUCCUCAUUAACAAGGGAACAAGGCUUGAUGGAGAACGAGCACAUCCCAUUAACAAUCAGGCUUCAGAAGAUGGAUAAUAAGAAACUUCUGUGAGUUAAAAGAACAUGUUGUAGCCCAAUGUAAAGAAACUAAGAACUUUGAAAAAAGGUUUGAUGAAAUCCUAAUGAGAAUAGACAACUUAGAGACGAAUAUAAGUGAAUUAAUGGAACUGAAGAAUACAAUACAGGAACUGUAUGCACAGGUUUAAACACUCGAAUUGUUCAAGCAGACGAAAGGAUAUCAGAGGUCGAAGUCCAACUUAAUGAAAUAAAAUGAGAAGACAAGAUUAGAGAAAAAAGGAUAAAAAGGAAUGAGCAAAGUCUCCAAGAAAUGUGGGACUAUGUGAAAAGACCAAAUUUACAUUUGAUAUGUGUACCUGAAUGCGACAGAGAGAAUGAAUCCAAGCUGGAAAAUAUUCUUCAGGAUAUUAUUCAGGAAAAUUUUCCUAAACUAGCGAAGCAGGACAAUAUUCAACCUCAGGUAAUACAGAGAACACCACAAAGAUAUUCCUCAAGAAGAGCAACCCCAAGGCACAUAAUCGUUAGAUUCACCAGGGUUGAAACAAAGGAGAAAAUACUAAGGGCAGCCAGAGAGAAAGGUCAGGUUAAUUACAAAGGGAAGCCUAUGAGACUUACAGCAGAUCUCUCAGCAGAAACUCUACAAGCCAGAAGAGAGUGGGGGCCAAUAUUCAACACCCUUAAAGAACAGAACUUUUAGCCCAGAAUUUCAUAUCCAGCCAAACUAAGCUUCACAACUGAAGGAAAAAUCUUUUAUGAACAAGCAAGUACUCAGAGAUUUUAUUACCACCAGGCCUGCUUUACAAGAGCUUCUGAAAGAAGCAUUAAACAGAAAGAAACAACCAGUAUUAGCCUUUCUAAAAAUAUACCAAAAAGUAAAGAGCAUCAACAUAAAGAAGAAUUUACAUCAAUAAAUGGAUAAAACAGCCAGUUAACAUCAAAUGGCGGUAAUUCUAAAUUUAAAUCAACUAAAUCCCCCAAUCAAAAGAUACAGCCAAAACCCAACAAAAACUCAAAACAAAGGGAUGGAGAAAGAUUUACCAACCAAAUGGAGAGCAAAAAUAAAUAAAUAAAAAGCAGGAGUUGCAAUUCUCGUAUCUGAUAAAAUAGAUUUUAAAGCAACAAAGAUAUAGUGGUAAAAGGAUCAAUGCAACAACAAGAGCUAAUGAUCCUAACACCCAGAUACAUAGAGACUUAGACUCAAAGAGACAGAAAACUAAUAAGGAUAUCAAGGACUCGAACUCAGAUCCAGAACAAGUAAACUUAAUAAAUAUUUAUAGAGCUCUCCACUUUAAAUGCACAAAAUAUACAUUCUUGUCAAUACCACAUCACACCUACUCAUAGGUGUAAAUGAAAUAUUGAUUGGCCAUUAUUAAUACCCCCCCCUUUUUUUUUUAGAAUAAAGCAACAUUUCCGUUCUCUCUCCCUCUUCUUCCUCUUUCUUCCUUUCUGUCACUCUUUUUCUUUCUUUCCUUCUCUCAAAAAAAGAAGAAAAGAAAUCAACUUGUAGACCUCUAGAUCCAGGUCGGCAAUGCUCUCUCAUUGCCUGAUUUCCUUCCUUCCCUUCCCUCCCUCCCUCCCUCCCUCUCUCCUUCCUUCUUUCCUCCCUUCCUGCCUUCCUCCCUUCCUACAAAAAAAAGUAACAUAUUUUGAGUUGAUUUUUAUAUAUGGAGUAUGAUGAAGGACUUAUUGCUCUGCAUGUGGCUAUAAAGUUUUCUCAACAUCAUUAUUGAGGAUACUGUCCUUUUUCUAAGAAACUGUCACCUAUAUUAAAAAAAUAUUAGUUGUAAAUACAUAAAUAUAUUUCUUGUUUCUCUUUUGUGCUCCAUUGGCCUAUAUGACUGUUUUUGUUCAAGUACCAUACUAUUUUUGUCACCAUAGCUUUGCAGUAUAUUUCUAAGUCAGAUAGGAUGAUACUUCAGACUUCUGUUUUUGUUUAUGCUUGAAUGCUUUUGCUGUUCAGGAUUUUUUGUCAUACCAGAUAAAUUUUAGAUUUUUUAUUUUCUUAUUUUGAGACAGAGUUUUGCUCUUGUCCCCAGGCUGGAGUGCAAUUGUGCAAUCUCAGCUCACCGCAACCUCCGCCUCAUGGGUUAAAGUGAUUCUCCUGCCUCAGCCUACUGAGUAGCUGGAUUACAGGUGUGUGCAACCAUGCCUGGCUAAUUUUUGUGUCUCUGGGAUUACAGAUGUGAGCCACUGUGCAUGGCCUUGAGCAAACUUUUAUUCAUUUUUCUGUUUAACUCGUUCUUUUGUUUAUUUCUAUUUUAAGAAGUAUUUUAAUUUCUACCUGAAAUUACUAAUUUAAACCCAAAAGCAUCUGAGACAGAGCUCAACUUAGAAAUUUAUUUCACCCAGGCUAAGGACACAUCUGUAACAGAGUCUCAGGAGGUUGUGACAAUGUGUGCCUAAGGUUGUUGGGGCACAGGUUUCUUUUAUGCAUUUUAGGGAGACAGGUGACAUUCGUCACUAUAUGUAAGGUAUACAUUGUCCAGGAAGGUAAGACAAUGCAAAGUGAGGUGGGAGCUUCCAGGUUAUAGGACAAAUAGUUAAAGUGUUUCUGAGUUUCUAAUUACCCUUCUAUUGGGUUAUUUCCAGGUGUGUCUUUCCUAAGCCUCCAAGAAAAACUUGACUCCAAGUUUGUAGAGUUUUAAUCUAUUUUGGCCAAUUUUCUGUCUACUUUAUAACAUUCAACAGCAGGUGAUUUAACCAAAACCCUUAUGGUUUUCUAGCACAAUUAUAAGCUACACAUGUAUUCUUAGCAAGGCAAAAACAGAAACCAUGAUGAUUACAAUAACAACCCUUCUGUGCAUGAAUAGCCCUUCAACUGGUGACAUCACACAGCCCACUGUGGAGUUUCUGAAUCCUACACCCAAAGGCAGUCAAAAGUUGGAAAAUUGACUUGCACACAUAGAUCUGGUCCAUAGGUAGAUUGGUGACUCCCACACCAUGAUUCAGCACACCCAUGAAAUGGUGACUUUGCUAAGAAGAUAAAGUUUACAGGAGGAAUAAAGGUUCUCACGCAGUCCACUGUUGAGAUUGUGACUCAUAUACUUAGACUCAACAUUCAGGAGGUUUUUACACAGAUACCUAAAACUGGGACAUUUAUGAAAUUGUUAAUCUCACUCCUGGAUCUUCCUGCAGAUGUUGUUGUGACGUAUAUAUGUCUCUCCCAGUACCUGAGUUAUGUGACUCUCUUGUCAGGGCUCAGCUGACAGAUGGGAUUGUGUUGUAUCACUGGACUCAGCACCUACGUGAUGUGACAUUCUCCUGCUGUGGCAUUACCUAAUUGGGGCCUUGUGACAUAUGUCUGUGCUCAUAACUAAGGUGAUGUGAUUGAUUCUCUUCUCUUGCCUGAUGUCUGCUUACCUGAGAGUGACAUAUCACUGGGCCCAAUACCAAAGUGACAUCGUUUUUUUUAACCUUGAUCACCUCAGAAAACAUUGUGAUGUAUUGUUGGACCCACAGUCAACUUGAUUUGAGUCUCCUGCAGGUACCCUGACCAUAGAGACCAUCGUGACAUAUCUCUGGAAGCUAAGCUAUUUGAAGUGAUUAUCUUGUUAUACCUGCUCUUUGCUCAUAGGAGAGAACAUGACAUAUCUCUGGGCCCAGCACCUAGUUGAUGUAACUCUGCCCUCCUGCCUGGGCUAUGCCUACAGAAGAAAGAGUGACUUAUCACUGGGCUCAGCACACAGGUGAUAUGAUUGUACUGUCUUGAUUCUUGCCCACAGUAAUCUCAUUACAUACUUUUGGGCUCUUCUGCUAGAUAAUGUGUCUCCUUUUCUUCCUGGUACCUGUCCACAAAGGAGAUUGUGACAUAUCACUUGACCCAGCACCUACAUGAUGUGCCUCUCAUCUUAUGCCCUGACUUUUCUUACUGAGCUGAUUGUUACAUAUAGCUGGGUACAACUUCUAGGUUAUUUAACUCUUCUUCCUGAGUCCUCACGGGGCAUUGUGACAUACCUCUAAGCACGUCACCUAGGUAAUAUGACUCUCUUUCCUGGACCGUCCCCUAAUAUGUUAUUGUGACAUAUUUCUGGACCAGAACCUAGGUGAUGUUACUCUUUUCGCCUACCUGUUACUGGAAGUGAAUUCAUAUGGAUAUUAGUCUGCAGGAACCUCGAUUCUUGCCUUCUCAGAAGAAAGAACUCAACUGAGGGGCAUAAAGCAGGAGAGACUGAGGCAAGUUUUAUUUUAUUUUUUAAUUUUUUAUUUCAUAUAAUGGAUUAUUUAGUAAUAAGAAAUGAAGUACUCAUACAUGUUACAACAUGCAUAAACUCUCAAAAUAUUCUGCUAAGUGACAGAAGCCAGAUACAAUAGAUCAGUACUCUAUGAUUCCAUUUGUAUAAAAUGUCCAGAACAGGCAUGGAGACAAAAAGCAUAUCUGUGGUUUCCAGGGGUUGUGGGGAGGAGGUGGAAGUGAUCACUAGUAGUUACACGAUUUCUUUUGGGAGUUAUAAAAUAUUCUAUCAUUAGCUAGUGGUUAUAGUUGCACAACUCUGUGAAUAUAGUAAAACCCACUUAAUUGUAUAUUUUUUCAGAGUGAAUUAUAUCUCAAUAAAACUAUUAUUAGUAAAUGAACAUAAUAAUGAAAAUUCUCUAUUCGUUCCAGAUUUUUUAAUUAGGGGUUUAAUCUUUGGAAAUCAGAACACAACUCUGCCUGCCUAGGACUUCCUGAUCAUACAUAAUAAUUGUACAAUUAUAAAAUGCAAAGGAUCAUUCUAAAUUAACUCUUUGAUCACCUUAUUGUUGAGAAAACUGAGCUCCAAAAAGCAUAAAUGACUUAAAUAAGGUUAUGUAACUAGCCAGUAGAACCAGGGAAGAGUCUCAUUCCAAUAAUUCACAUUUGUUGAUUUUGACAUUUUCUUAAAUCCCCAAGUUUUUUAUAAUUUAAAGAAAAAAAUUAAAAAGUAAGAAGAAAUGCCUAUGUAUCUUUCAUAUUAACUCCAACAACUUUUUGCAGCCUUGGUCAGAGCCAAUGGCAGAUAUAGGUGUAAUAAGUCAUUUCUGUGGGACUUACUCAGGAGAUUUGGGGAGUAGUAAAACAUUUUCUUUGAAAGUCGUGUGUGUUCUCUUCACCAAAGAGCAACUCUUAAAAGACUUUUUAAUUUAUUUUCCCACAGAAAAACACCGAGGAUAUAUACAUUUGUAAAAGAGCAUUAUUUAAUGUUGACCUUCAAAAGCUUAUGGUAAAAUACCUGAUCAUAUAAAUCAGCAAUUGUGUAGUCCAGUAUUUCUGCAGCCUAGGUAUCCACACAUACGUGAGGAUAACAUUGGCGGGUAGUGUGAGCAGCUAGGGGAACGGCAGAUGGUGCCCAGAAUAACAAAUAGUGUUACAUGCUAAAUUUAGUUUAGAAAAUUCUGGAUCAAUUCAAUAAAUAUUUAAGGAAUGUCAACUACAUGCCAGGCUGUCUACUAGAUACGAGAGCAAAACAGAUUUAUACCAGAAUUUUCUUAAAGCCUCUAACACUAAAGGCUAGUGUUCACAAUGAGCAUGGUGACCAUAUAAUCCUAGUUUGCUGUAGACAGCCCCAGUUUACAGGCACUGUUCCAGCAUUAAAAUAAUCUCUUUUUACUUCUGUAAUUCUGCAUAGGACUCUCUGAGAGGUGUGUGUGUGUGUGCGUGUGUGUGUGUAGCAGAUUUUCCUAAACUUGCAUGACCAAUUACAUUACAUCUUUUUUUUUUUUUUUUGAGAUGGAGUUUCACUGUUGUUACCCAGACUGGAGUGCAAUGGCACGAUCUUGGCUCACCGCAACCUCCGCCUUCUGGGUUCAAGCAAUUCUCCUGCCUCACUCUUUCGAGUAGCUGGGAUUACAGGCACACGCCACCACGCUCAGCUAAUUUUUGUAUUUUUAGUAGAGACGGGGUUUCACCUCGUUGACCAGGAUGGUCUCGAUCUCUUGACCUCCCAAAGUGCUGGGAUUAUAGGCGUGAGCCACCGUGCCCGACCACAUUACGUACUUCUAUCCACAUUCCUACGAUCAUCUUCUAAAACAGUGGUCUCAGUCCGCAGAACAUAGUUUGGGGUCUACUCCAUUAUCAACAUUUGAUAACUGAGGAAACAAAGGAUCUGAGAAUAAAACAGACUCAGCUAGACACAGGACACUAAAGCCUAGGACACCUGGCUCAUAGAGCACUAAUGCUCUUUCUGACAUAUCACAGACUAUGAUGCUAAGGCACUCUUAACAUGGUUAACAAGUUCUAUUAUAAAAAUAAGUCACCAAGUUCCACAUUUUAAUUUCAUUUUAGACCAGGCGCGGUGGCUCAAGCCUGUAAUUCCAGCACUUUGGGAGGCCGAGGCGGGUGGAUCACGAGGUCAAGAGAUUCAGACCAUCCUGGUCAACAUGGUGAAACCCUGUCUCUACUAAAAAUACAAAAAAUUAACUGGACAUGGUGGCGUGUGCCAGUAAUCCCAGCUACUCAGGAGACAGGCAGGAGAAUUGCCUGAACCCAGGAGGCAGAGGUUGCAGUGAGAAGAGAUCAUGCCGUUGCACUCCAGCCUGGGUAACGAGCGAAAACUCCCUCUCAAAAAAAAAAAGUUCGUUUCUAAGGAAGUUCAUUUUUUUCUUCCUCAAUCAUAACUGUAAAAUUAAAAACAGAGAAAAUAUAUUUUAGUCAACUCUUAAGAUUAUAAUCCAAGUUCACUUACCCAACUCUCUCCUUUCCUCCUCUCUCUCUCUAGUAAUUAUAAAGUAGCUGAUUUCUGUAUAUCUUCAAAGUAUUACUGGCUUCACAGGUGUGUGUUGGGGUGGGGGAGGAGAAGUUAAGUCUAUCCAUCAAUCAACAAAAUGUUCAGUGUCUACCACAAUGUAUUCAGCUGUAAUAUUUUACACUGUGGUUCCAAGUGUUUUUUAAAAGUGGGGAUACUAUAAUAAUUUCUUGGGCCAUAUGGUACUUACACAAAUCCCAAAGACUCAAAAUAUAAUUUCAUUAUUAUUUUUUAGUUUCUAUAAGCUUAUCAACAAACGAUUUUCUGAUUCUGGUUGCACCAAAAUGUUUGGCCCUAGAAAAAUAUCAUGGAAGGAAUUCUGUAGUUGAAAACUAGUUAUUCAAAUUUUUGAUCAUCCGUGGCCGCUGAUAUUUCUAGAUAACUGUUAUGCAUUUUAAGCAACUUAGGUACUUCUUUCAGAGAAAAAUGAGUGAAUGGUCAUAUAGCCUUUAAAAUGAAAGUCAAUGAGUUAAGAAAUAGAAUAGCCUGUUCUGAAAAAGGAAAAAGUAGAAAAUGUUAGAUAAAAUAGCGUUUAAACUUUUAAGAAAUUCAUUUCUGUGCAUCAUUUUGUUCAUCACCAAUAAAAGUUAGUUGAUAUUAAUUAAAUCUUAGACAAGAUAACCAGUUAAGCAGAUGAAAAGAAAAUUACAAGGGAGAAAAACAUUUCUAGAAAGGAACUAUUUUUGGAUUUGUAGAUGGUAAUUUGAGAUGUACGUGUAACAAUAUCCUCACAUAUUGGAAGUUGUGACUAUGUGACAGAGCUUUGAUGUUUGCAACACAGCAGACUCUUCUGUAAUAAUUAUUUUAAAAGGCUUGCCUAUGACAAUUUCCCAUUUGAAGUAAUAAACCUAUUCAAGUCUAACUAUUGUACUUAGUUAUAAUCCCAUUAAAAAAUACAGAUAUUGAUCAUAUCAAACAUUUCAUUGAGAAGUUGACACAGACACUCAUGCAGUUUACGUGGAUGUUCUCAGAAGCUUUCCUGUGUUUCAGAAACAGAACUACAGGCCUUUUUGUAUAAGUUUCUGUACAUCUUGUCCAUGCUGUUCUCAAAGAUGGGAUGGUGGGAUUUUCCCUUAUAAGAGGCGGCCUGUUGG